AUGGUUGCUUCAGAAUUUAUCGGUUAUAUUCAAUCAUUUUCUGUAUGUAACUUUGUUGGAUUUGAAGAUUUAGCUGAUCGAGCAAAUUUUCAAUGGAAUGUUAUUGUACUACUACUAUGCAUGGUUUUAGUAACAAUGAGACAAUAUUUUAUGACUCCAUUAGUGUGUUAUUUACCGACAACAGUGAGUGGAGUCAAUGCAGAUUCUUAUAUUACUAAUCUGUGUUGGAUUGAAGGGACAUUUCCUAUUAAUUUAACAUCUGGGAUUGUUCCACACAAACUACAGGAAUGGGAUGCACUUCGACCGCAACAAAUGAAUUAUUAUCAAUGGGUACCAUUAGUAUUAGGUUUACAAGCUAUUCUAUAUUAUAUUCCACGUAUUAUAUGGAGUAUAUUCACAUAUAAUCGUACUGGUACAGAUUUACAAAAUUUAAUACGUCAAGCUAAUUUAAUUACUAAAGAAGAUGGUGAAAAACGUCAAAAAAUGGUACAACAUAUUGCUAAAACAUUAGAAUUAUUAUUAUUUAAUCGUCGUGAAUAUCGUACAAUGGAUACAUUAAGUAGUUCAUUUCGUCGUUCAUUAUCAUUUAUGCCUGGUAAACGUCAUGGCAACAAUUUAAUUUAUGUUUAUUUAACAAUUAAAAUUUUAUAUUCAAUUAUUGGAUUUUUUCAAUUAUAUUUAAUGUAUUUUUUUUUACGUUUUAAUUCAUAUGAAGGUUAUUGGUUAUUUGGUUAUCGUUUAUUAACUGAUAUUAUAAAUGGUAAACAAUGGACAGAAACACAAAUUUUUCCUAGAGUUGGUAUGUGCCGGCAUACAUUACAACAUGUUGGUGCUAGUAAUACAUUAUUUGCACAAUGUGUAUUACCAAUUAAUAUGUUAAAUGAAAAAAUUUAUAUUUUUUUAUUUUUUUUUCUUGGUUCUAUUAUGUUAUUAACUAUAUUAAGUAUACCAUUAUGGUUAUAUCGUAUGGGUUUAAAACAACGUCAAAGACAUUUUAUUAAAAGAUUUUUAAAAAUUGCUGAUGUUUAUGAUCGUAAUGAUCCGAAAAUGGCAUUACUUACUGAUCGUUUUAUGAAUGAAUUUUUAAGAAAAGAUGGACAUUUUAUAUUACGUAUGUUAUCAAUGAAUGCUGGUGAUUUAAUUACUGUAGAAAUUGUAUGUAAUUUAUUUGCUGAUUAUAAAAAACGAUUUAUCGGUAUUGAUUUUCGUGGUCCACCAUCUAUUGUAUCGAAAUUACAUAAUAAUAAAUAUCAUCAUCAUCAUGAUUUGGAUGGUUACAUAACAACAACAACAGCACAACAACAACAUGCAAAUGAUUUAACAAAAUUAAAUAAUCUUGAUAAAAAUCCAUCUGGUUUUAUAAGAUUAGAAGAAGGUGGUACAGCGAAUUUACGUCAACGAUCAGCAAUUCCAUCGGCACCAAUUUAUUCAGAGAAUUCAAUUCCACCAGCAUAUCAAUAUGCAACUGGUAUAAAAGAUUCAGAAAUUUAUCCAUUAAGUAUUGUACGAAAUAUGCCACGUGAUACUACUAGUACACCAAUUGAAACUAAUAAUAAUAUUACUAAUUCCAAUCAAUAUACUCCUAAAAAAAAUGAUGAUAAUAUUAUUGUUCAUGAAAAAGAACAAUUGAAUAAAGUUCCAAAAUAUACUCCAACGGAAGUAUAA